UGUAUUUUAAAUCCCAAUUAUCGAAAAAUCGAUUAUCGGCUGCCAUUAGCAUUGUUGUGAAUCUCACAAGCUUUAAUUCGCAUUGUUCAGCUGUAUAAACACCUAAGGAAAGUUCUUAAACAAUGACCGGUCGUGGUAAGGGAGGAAAAGGUUUAGGAAAGGGAGGCGCAAAGCGUCACCGAAAGGUACUACGUGAUAAUAUCCAGGGUAUCACCAAACCAGCCAUACGUCGUCUGGCUCGUCGUGGAGGAGUAAAACGUAUAUCAGGAUUGAUAUACGAAGAAACUCGCGGUGUAUUAAAGGUAUUUUUGGAAAACGUCAUUCGCGAUGCAGUCACCUAUACUGAGCACGCCAAACGCAAAACUGUCACCGCUAUGGACGUGGUCUAUGCCUUGAAACGUCAAGGCCGUACUUUGUACGGUUUUGGUGGUUAAGCAGUUCCGGUAACCACAUUGCAUCUUGCUGUCAUCUAUACAGUUAUUAAAUCACUGACAACAUAAAAAUAUAUGACCAUUUUUUAAGCCUUCUUGUUUGUAAGCUCAUGAGAGUGUCAAUUCUUUGUUUCUUGUGUGUGAAAAAAUUUGUUUAAUAUUUAGAAACAUUCCGACAAUGAUGUAUAGAUAUAGAAAUAAGACAGCAAAUAAAGAGAAAUUCUUUUGAGAGCAUAAA